AUGGCGCCGCCCGGUGGGCACAGCAAAAGAAUACCGCCACCGUGGCCAGCGGCGGGAUGCCCCACGGCUCUCGUGUCCAAGGCGACCGCGCUCCUGUUGCUGAUCUGCACCCUCGACUCCGCUUCCGGGUUUGCCGGUCACACCUUCAGCAGCUCGGCACGACAACAACUGCGCAGGUAUCGACCAUCGUGCGACCCGUCCUUCGGCAGGCGUCGCGGAGGCGCGCCUCUCUCUGAGGCCCCGUCGUCCUCCUCUCCGACCCCUCCGAAGCGUCCCUCCGCCUCCAAGAAGAAGGGCACGAGCGCCGUCAAGUUUGCCGGCGGCAGAGUCACGCGCCCGGUUCAACAGCCCGAGGGCAACAAAGACGACGAGGAGGAAGACGUGCGCAAGAAGAGCGCGCGCUGGGGCGUCAAGCCCCCCUCGCCGCCGAAGCUCCCGAGCAUUCCGGACGUGCGGUCGCUCAAGAACCCGCUUGACGGGGUGGGGAAGUCGCUUCGGAAGGUAGGCAGUGGCGUGGCUGCGGUCAAGGAUGCGGUCUACGGGGCAGCGGACGCUGCGGGGAGCGUCGCGGAGCAGGUGCAGGGCGUUGCCGAUGCUGCUGCCGCUGGAAAAGCACCCGGCGACGGUGGCGCCAUGCCUCAACUUGCCGCGACAGCUAGCGUUACACCGGUUGCCCCGUCGAACGCCCCCGGAGGCGCGAAGCGAGCGCUGCGGCUGCUCGUGGGCGGAGCCGUAGCGGCGAAGGACGCGUUCUGGGGCUCAUUGGACGCGCUGGGCGCUGCGGCGGACGCGGCUUCCAAGGCUCCGGAGGUGGCCAAAGGCAUCGUGGAGGACGGAAAGGCGGCCGUCGAAGGCGGGAAGGCGGCUAUCGAAGGAGCCAAGGAGAACGCUCAUGCCGUGGCGAGAGCUCCCGCCCAGGUCGCCGAGGCCGUGUCUGACGCCGUCAAGGAGGCCGGCAAGGCUGCCACGUCCGUCAAAGAAGGAGUGUAUGGGGCGGUCGAUGCUGUGUCGCGCCUCGCGGACAUGCCCGCCGAGAUGGCGGAGAAACGGAAACGGCAGCAGGAGGAGCGAUUGGAGCGAGAAAAAAAGGCCGCCGCCGAGCGGAGGGCGGCAGCGGCGAAGCUCGGAGCCGCGGUGGAAUCGGCCAAGGCGGUAGUGUGGGGAACGGUGGAGGGGGUGGACCACCUUGUGGACGCUGUGGCGUCGACACCAACAGCCGUCAGCGACGGGGUAAUCAAGGCGAAGGAGGCAGUGACGUCCGCUCAAGAGGCGGCGGCGUCCGCCGGCGAGGUGUUGGAGAGCAUCCCGCGGACCGUCCAAGAGAUCCCUAAAGAGGCCCAGAAGAAGGUAGACGGUGUGCUGGCGUCGGUGGCCUCGACUCAAGCGUCUGCGGAGAGCUUCGUGUCGGGCGUCAAAGGCGGGGUGGACACCGUCUCUAGCCUCGCCCAGAGGGCCUCCGCCGUCGCCACCGGCAAGGAAAAGCAGGAGAGGGAGGAGAGGGAGAAGAGGGAGGCGGAGGCGCGGAGGAAGGAGAAGAUGAAGAACGCCCUCGUCACGUUCGGGGGAGAGCCUUACACGUACGCCGUUGGUACAUCAAGCAUCGCCUGGCGUUGA